AUGAAGUCUCAGUUUGCUGCUGAAACAAUAUCAUUAAAAGCUUCUCACACUUACAGACACAACACAGAUUAAUUACUCACUUAAGGAGAUCUUUCCAAUUUCAUCCCAAUUUUUCUAAUGAACUCCAUUUUGAAAUUACACUUCUCUUCUUCUACCCUGCUUCUUAGAAGCAACCAUACCAAUCUGCCAUGUCCUUUCGCCACCAAUAAUAAUCUUCCCACAAGAACUGUUCAUCAGAGCCUUCGCUUUGCUUCACAAAGCCCAGUUAUGAGGAAGGCUCUUCCACAUUCCUCUGUUAUAAUUGCAGCCUCCACUUCUCCUCCCAAGCCCCUCGACAUGUCAGUCUUCCUCCAAACCAGUGCUCUGCUUCUCUGCCUAUACUUCACAGCAAAUUUCAUAGUGCCAGAGCUCAUCUCCAAGUAUUUCGGAUUUGACAAGGUAAAAGAAGAUCAGAAUGUUAACGAUGUAAAUGCAACCGAAGAGAGGUAGACUGGCAUAUGCUAAGUUCACUUCAAAUGCAAAUUCUUUUUUUUUUUUUAACUUGUGGUGUUUAGCUGUUUAUGUACCAAUGCAAGAUUAAGAUUGGUGUUAUUAUGAAAGUCUUUAGCAUUAUUUAUCUAUGGAAAUUACCUUAUGAUUUUUUUCCUA